AUGCCCGACCCAAAGACCCAGGCGUUUAGUCUGGCCAUCCUAGAAGCAUAUGAAGCUUCCCAAUCAGCUAUUGGAGUCAGCUACACUGUCACAGCAAACUCCAGAACUACAGCAUCUCUUCUACAUGACGAACCUCCGCGUCCGAGCCGCGAUGUACCGGAUAUCUUCCCAGGAUUGUUACCAUUUGUCGCUCGGAAUCAGUGGCUAGAGAAACGCAACCAAGAGCUUUUAAAUGAAAAGGCCGAUAGCGAUCAGAAACGCAUAGCGGCGGAGGUGAAGCUCGCUGCUAUUACUCUGGAGAUGAAGGAGAAACACGAAGACUUACAAGAUGGACAAGAUCAGCACGCGAUUCGUGUCAGUGUCAAAGAGCGAGUGAUUCAAGAGACGUCAAAGGAAAUCGAAGACAAAACAGCGACCCUGAAGAAGCGUGAAGAGGAACUCGGAACCAGGACACUCAAGACUAGACGAAACUUUCCCGUCGUGGGACCUAAUGCGGACGUUUACGAUGCCAUUUAG